AUUGGUUGUUGGAAGUUUAUAUAAACCCCAUGUAGUGAUUCAUGCUCCGAGAUCGACAAACACAUUAACCUUGGAAAAGAAAAGAACUGCCAAAAUAUGGCUACUACGCCAGGCAUCCUCACCGACUGGCCUUGGAAAAAUCUUGGGAGUUUUAAGCACAUGAUUUUGGCACCGUGGGCAAUUCAUAGCACCUAUUCAUUCAUGGUGAAAGAAAAAAGUGAAAGAGACCUUGGUUACUUUCUCAUAUUCCCAUUUCUGCUGCUGCGGAUGCUUCACAAUCAGAUUUGGAUUUCAUUUUCUCGUUACAGAACGGCCAAAGGCAACAAUAGGAUCGUUGACAAGGGCAUUGAGUUCGAACAAGUUGACAGAGAGAGCAACUGGGAUGACCAGAUUGUCUUCAACGGACUAAUAUUUUACGUAGUUUACACCAUCACUUCUUUGGGUUCUCACUUUCCCUUUUGGAGAACGGAUGGUGUCAUUAUAACUAUGCUGCUUCAUGCGGGCCCUGUGGAGUUCCUCUAUUAUUGGCUACACAGAUUACUUCAUCACCAUUACUUAUACAAUAGAUACCAUUCGCAUCACCAUUCCUCCAUUGCCACAGAGCCUAUCACCUCUGUGAUUCAUCCAUUUGCGGAACACAUCGCAUAUUUUACGCUGUUUGCAAUCCCACUCACUACAACGCUAGUCACCCGCACUGCCUCUAUUGUCUCCUUCGCUGGCUACGUCACUUACAUCGACUUGAUGAACAACAUGGGUCACUGCAACUUUGAGUUCAUUCCCAAGACCCUCUUCUCCAUCUUUCCCCCUCUCAAGUUUAUUAUGUAUACUCCUUCAUUUCACUCGUUGCAUCAUACUCAGUUCCGGACCAAUUACUCGCUUUUCAUGCCCUUAUAUGACUACAUUUACGAUACCGUGGACAAAUGUUCCGAUACGCUAUAUGAAGCUUCGCUUAGAAGACAGGAAGACUCACCGGAGGUUGUACAUCUUAUGCAUCUGACGACGCCCGAGUCUAUCUACUACCUGCCGUUCGGAUUUGCCUCCUUGGCCUCCAAACCUUACACUUGUAACUGGUAUCUAUGGUUUUUGUGUCCCGUAACAAUACUUUGGUCAGUCAUCAUGUCUUCGAUCUACGGACACACAUUUAUUUCCGAGAGAAACACUUUCAACACUCUCAAAUCGCAAUCUUGGGUAGUACCGAGAUACAGAAUUCAAUACUUGUUCCAAAGGCAAAGAGAAGCUAUCAAUGGCUUGAUUGAAGAAGCCAUAAUAGAGGCAGACAAGAGAGGAGUUAAGGUGCUAACUCUUGGACUUCUGAAUCAGGGUGAGGAGCUCAACAGAAAUGGUGAGAUAUAUCUCCAAAAGAAUACCUGGCUCAAAAUUAAAGUGGUGGAUGGGAGCAGCCUAACAGUGGCUGUGGUGCUAAACAGUAUACCCCAAGGGACAACACAAGUGCUUCUUAGAGGCAACCUCACCAAAGUUGCUUAUGCUGUUGCCUUUGCUCUAUGCCAAAGGGGAAUUCAGGUAGCAACAAUGAGCAAGCAUGAGUGCGAGAAGCUUAGGCAGAGGGUAAAUAUCUCGCAAAGUAACUUGGUCGUCCAUCCAACGACAUUCGUUCCCAAGGUAUGGUUAGUGGGAGAUGAAUUGGGCAGAGAAGAGCAGAUGAAAGCAGCCAAAGGAACACUAUUCAUUCCCUUUUCACAGUUUCCUCCCAAGAAAUGGCGAAUAGAUUGCGUGUAUUACAGCACGCCAGCUAUGAUAAUUCCUAAAGCUUUUGAGAAUUUGCAUUCUUGUGAGAAUUGGCUGCCAAGAAGAGUGAUGAGUGCUUGGCGUGUAGCGGGAAUACUGCAUGCCCUGGAAGGGUGGAAUGUGCACGAGUGUGGCGACCAAAUCUUCAAUGUUGAGAAAGCUUGGGAAGCUAGUCUUCGACAUGGCUUCAGUCCUUACACCAUCACUUCAUCCUAAGCCUUAUCUUCUACAUAUAUAUAAAUAUAUAUAUAUAUAUAUCCAAUAAUUCACUAUAUUCAAAUGCUUAAGUAACUAUAAUAUUUUUCAUAAAAAAGCUUACUAGUAAUUAUAACGUAGCCGAAUGAAUAAAAGGUUUGUAGUCAUUUGUGCUUCCUUACCGUCCAAGUAGCGCUGUGGGUGACACCUUUUGUGUGUUCUAUAUCUUCAGCAGUCACCAGCUAGCUAGUGGUAAUUCUUGGAAUGCAAAUAUGAAAUGAUCACUUUAAGUGAAUUUCUUUUCUUUUGUAAA